CGUUUGACGUUAACUAUAUGACUACCGGACAGUUUCGCGGAAAGACCACGAAGUAUGGCUGAAUUUGUAAAGUCCAAGAAUUACGAGCUACGUAUAUUGGCGAGUCAUGGCCCAUAAGCGUAGAAAGAGAAGAGAAAUCGAUGAAUGUAAUAUAUAUAUAAGGAAGCAGUUCCAGAGGAUUGAUAACCAAGCCCCAACCCCACAGUCUCUAUAUCUACCUAUAAUUUUGGUUUUGUGGAUUCCUGUUAUUUUUUAUAUGACUAGCUUCAGCAAGCACUGCCAAUUACAGAGUUAGGGCGCUGCCAGGAACCCAUUGAACUGGCUUCACAUCGGGGGGGGGGGGGGGGUAGUUCUAAAGUAGCUAUCUGGGCAGU